AUGAACUCUCUGCCUGUUGGUACUCGUGUUUUCUUCUGGGACACAAGAGGCCAAGUCGUGCACGGGGUCAUCCAAUCAACAUCCCGAACGGCCGAUGGCACUGUUAUGGUCGUUGUUGCCAGCGAUGGGGGACGGACCAUCACCCUGCCUGCGGCAGGAGUCACACAAAGUCCCACCUAA